ACUCUAUCAGUAUAUAAUAAAGCGUAUAAAUUAUUUUUUUUUUUAUUUUAUAAUUAUAGCGCCUUCCUCUCAAUGGCGCGCAAUGCGCCAUCACCGGGCCAUGUCGGGAGAGGGUUCUCCACGAGGAAUGGUUCCACGUGUGAAACCCUCUUUUGGUUCGUGGAAAAAGAGGGUUCCACACGUGGAACCAUUCCUCCAUGAGGAACCUCUCCCGACAUGGCCUGGUGAUGGCGCAUUGCGCGCCAUUGAGAGGAAGGCGCUAUAUAUUUGGAUUGGUAUAUAUAGUACCCCCCCCUCGUUUGUCGCAUUUUCUAGUUUUUUUUUAAGGAAAAAAAAAUUUACAGGACCUCGUUUGUCGCAUUUUCUAGUGCAAAUACAUUUUUCGCAAUUUCUAGUUUUUUUAAUGUUUUUUUGAUGUCGCAAAUCUUAGUUUUUUUAAAAAAUAGUUUCUGAUUAAUUUAAUUGAGUAAUUAUAGAGGAGUUUACCUUACAUUUGCCUGCAGAGGGUUAGCAGGCCCGAGUCCUUCCCAGUCCUUCCCACUUUACUCUCCCCUUUUUAGAGAAUAGAUUAAAUUAGCUAGCUUAUUAACUCCAUUCUCCUUGCGCUUCAAUGACCUGCUUGCUUUCAUUUUUCACCUUAAGAAUGGAAUUUUGCACUUCCUCAAAAGAAAUUUCGUCCCAUGACUCCUGAAUGGCAGCAAUUAGUCUGGCUUUGCUGUCAGGCCUUCUUUUCUCCACUUUCCUCUUCAAAUUGGCCCAGAUCAUCUCAAUUGGAUUGAGAUCUGGGCUCUUCGGCGAUUGAGUCUUCACAUCAAUCCCGUUUUCUCUGCAAUAUUCCAUAGUCUGCCUUGCAGUAUGGGCUGUUGCCUCACCCUGAACGAAGGUGUAGUCUCCAUCUAAAGGCUCAAUAUAGCCCUGGAGAAUGUCUCUGAUAUAGACCUGGGCAUUGAUUGCAUACUUCUCCUUCUUUAUGAAGAGCAUUUUGCCAAAAACGAUAGAAAUUUUCCUCCCCAGAUCAUAAUUGAGGUUUUUCAAUUGAUAGGCUCUUCAAUUGUUGCAUUUAUCCCUUCUUUGCACCACGACAAAUUAGAGUUACGAAAGAGAUGCACACAGCACUCAUCACUGAAGAUCCAUGAAGCGAUAUCUGAGUCAAUCAAAGACCUAGCCCAGGACAUUCUCUGCUCUUUAUGAGCUUCAGUUAGCUGUAGAACAACCCUCUUCUUCCUAUAGACAUAUCCCCUCUUCUUCAGCUCUUUUCCUAGCUGUUCUUCGCUGAUGUCAACUGUCUUUCUUUUGAAUUGGGCCCUCAAACUUGCCUUGCUGACAAAGCCUGUAUCCUUCUCACAUUCCUUAAUGACCUCAGCAAAGUCUUCAUCACUUCAAUGCUUUAGGGGAGAUCUGGAUAGUGCCUCUUCUCUUCCAGCCGCUUCGUCAGAUUCACUCUCAGUAUUCUCUGCAGCAAUUCGCUCAAUAGUCCGUUUAGAAGUCCCCAAGAUUGUCGCAAGUUCUUCGUUUUUAAAGAAACCUACGUCAAUGAUCCUCUUGACUAUGCUCUCUCCAUCAUUCCACUUGAUUUUCUUAGGAGGAGGCGAUAGUCCAUGGUCCACAAGCUUCCGCCUGAGCUCUAAAGUGUGCUCUUCAGGAUUGAACUUGUUGGUGUAGUGCCUGAUCGUCGUCAGGCUCAUGUCCUUGCCACAAGCAGCAAGACGCUCUUGGAUCUGCUUUGCAUUGAGCCUCUCUCCAUAGGCCAUGUUUUGAAUCAUUGCCGGGAUUUUUAUCGGCUGGUCCUCAAUUUUCGCGCAACUCCAUUAAUUAAUAUGGAAGACUAGAAAUUAAGCUAUCAAAUAAGGAAAUAGGCAUGAAGAUAGGGGAAUAAGAAUGGUGAAAUGGCAAGUGGUGAGGCUUAAGCAAUGGGAGCAGGUAAUGGGAAGCAAGCUGUGGGGGAUUGAGGAAUGGGAGCAAGGAUUUUGAAAGGAAGAAAUGAUGAAAUUUCACUAACUGAUCCCUUGACGAAUUUUAAUUUUUAGGAAUUUAUAGAGAGAAAAAAAAACUAGAAAAUGCGACAAGCGAGGUCCUGAACCGAUUUUUUUUUGGCUUAAAAAAAAACUAGAAAAUGCGACAAAUGAGGUUCUGAAAAUUUUUUUUUUCUCUUAUAAAAAAAAACUAGAAAAUGCGACAAAUGGCAAAAAACUAGAAAAUGCGACAAACGAGGGGGGGGGGUACUAUAUGAUUGUUGAGGGUGCAGGUCAAAUAACUUUACCUUUUUGAUAGUGUUUUUGAUAUUGAGAGAAUUGACCCCAAAAAACUGUUAAUUUUUUUGCCAAAUUUCAAAAAUUUUCGACCAAAUUGACUUCGAUGAAAUGUAUACUGUCAAAAAUUCACGGCCAUUUGACAUGGAGCUGAUUGUUGACGUUAAUAGAACAACAUCUUUGACUAUUUUUACACACUUAGGUCAGUUGUUAUAUGACUUAAGCGUUUCUAAUGAUUUAGCAAGAACUUUGCAUAGAGAAAUUGAAUUAGGAAAUUAUCUUCAAACUAAACGCUUAGAUGACGUAAGAGCCCUAGUUACUGAUUUACAGAAUGUUCAAGACUAUAUUUUUACAGAAUAUGACCAAUGAAGCUAUUGUUCUAAUUCAGAAUUUGUAAAAAAAGAUGUUAUACCUAUAGAAAAUUCCAUAGAUGGCGCUGUUUGCCCUUGAUUUGCCCACUGGGGCAAUUUUUUGGUUCGACCAGUACCAUAUGGUUUGGUCAAACCAAAAAAUUUUCCUCAUGGGUAAAUCAAGGGCAAACAGCGCCAUCUAUGGAAAUUUCUAUAUGUGAAAUUUUGACAAAAGCCAACCAGUUAUGACAAAAUCCAAUCUUUAUGACGCUGUUGACAAAUUCAUACUUAACGUAAUUACUAUAUAGUGGGAAAACUUGGCUUGUUCGGAUUUUUUGAUAGCGAGACAUUUAAAGAAAAUUUACCAAAAAUUUUUUAGCUUAUUAAGACAAUACCUAAAAAUAAAUCGGCCAUAUUAUCCUGAGCAGAACAAAAAUCAUGCGCCAGAAAACUUAAUUUCUGCGGUCACUAAAAAUGAGACCUUUAUAAAAUACAUAAAAUUUAUUGUUAUGAAUAGUGCUGAUUUCUCUUAUGAAUAUUCCAACAUCGCUAUGUCAGGACUUGUCGAUUGCGAAGUAGAAAGAGUAAAUUCCUUUGGAACAAAUAUAAAAAUCCUUCUUGUAGCUGGUCUCGUGCUUUUAGCACUUUUUGUAUCAAUAAUAAUCGGCUAUAUUGUAAUGGCUAGCAAAUCAUAUGAUAAUUUUUGGAAUUUCAUGUUCAAUAACUCACAAGUGUCUUUAAUACAAUUAAAAAGAGAAGCAAUAGACCGAUUAUUUGCAUUUCACGGCAUUGAUUAUCACUCAGAAAACAUUGAAAACGACCAAAGAGCUCAUAAGCACUCAAAAAUAAAAACAGACAUAAAUAAAAAAUAUAUAUGAAGGCUUAUGAUUUUUUUCGUAAUUGCAGCUUCUUAUUAUUUAUUGACGUAUUUUUAUUUAUAUGUGCAAUGUGAAACGUCGAUGAUGAACAGACCUAAAUUAUUGAGCAAUAUUAAUUUAAAAAGGGCACUGCUUUCGAGAAUUGGAUUUUUUGCGAGAGAUACGUAUUCUCCUUAUCUUAUUCGAAUUUUCCCAAAGCUGUAUGAAUUUUCUUCAUCGAGAAAAAUUUUUGAAAGAAGUGUUGCUUUAUAUAGCUUAUCCACCAUAACAGAUGGCCACUUAUAAUAUAGAUCACAAAUAAUAUUUUUUCUUAUAAAAAUUGGCAAGAAAAUAAAAAAAAAAUUACUAAUAAUGAUCCAGUAAAAUGGAAAAGAUAUAUAAUGAAAAAGACAAAGAAUUUAGAAAAAAAAAAUAUAAAAAAUUAAUGUCAAAAAAUUUAUUGAGACAAAUUUAUGAAACUUCAGAUUCAUCUAUUCCUAAGUUGCAUUAUGGAGCUAGAACAGGGGCAGAUUUUACUAUUUUUGAAGCUUAUUAUAUUUCAUCACAAAAAUCUAUAGAAUCAUCAUAUAUGCCAACAUUUAUAAACCUUACAAGAGAAGUCCAAAAUGAAAUUGGGGCUCAGUUUUUAGAAUUAGACAAAAACUCAAAGGAUGUUAUAAAUAGUCAGCUUAAUGAUAUUAUUUUGUGUACAGUUAGCUAUUCUAUAGCUCUGUGUAUUUUAUUUUUCUGCUAUUAUUUGCCGUAUUUGAAUAAUGAAAGCAAGCAGUUUACCAAGUUAUUGAUUUUGCCGACACUUUUGCCGAUGGAAGAAGAUAAAAGAAUGAAGCCUGCUGGCUAA